CCAUCAUUUCUUAAACGCAAAAGUCCUGAGAGUAAAACAAUGAGCAAGCUUAGCAUAUUGGUGUUGGUUUUGGUGGUGUUAGCCAUUGGUGGAGCUACGGCCGAGCAAUGCGGAAGCCAAGCGGGCGGCGUCAAAUGCCCGAACGGGCUGUGCUGCAGCAAAUUCGGGUGGUGUGGCAACACCUUCGAUUACUGCUCGCCCCAAGCUGGGUGCCAGAGCAAUUGUUGGGGUGGCCCAACACCUGGACCAAGCCCACCUAGCGGCAGUGAAACUGUUGUACGAGCCACAUACCAUUUCUACAAUCCAGCAGAGAACAACUGGGACUUGAGGGCUGUUAGUGCUUUUUGCUCUACUUGGGAUGCCGAUAAGCCUUUCUCAUGGCGCAGCAAAUAUGGUUGGACUGCCUUCUGUGGACCAUCCGGACCUAGGGGCCGUGACUCUUGUGGAAAGUGUUUGAGGCUUAGGAAUACAAGAACUGGGGCAACCAUAACAGCAAGGAUUGUGGAUCAGUGCAGCAAUGGGGGCCUAGAUUUGGACUUUAACACUAUAUUUAAGCCAUUAGACACUGAUGGAUUUGGAUUUCAACAGGGUUCUCUCCAAGUGGGCUACACAUUUGUCGACUGUGGUAAUGAGCUUAGUGAUGAUGAGCACCAUCACCCUCUGAGCUCCAUUAUUGAGGAGAAAACUCAAGGGUUUUAAUAAGAAUAUACACCCAACAGACUCUGCUUAUAUAUAAAGCUGAUAAGGCUUAGUUAAGCUUAAGAUUAAGAGUUUAAAUAAAGUUUUGGGAACUUUGUGUAUCACACCAUGCACAUGUGAUCUGAAAUGUUCUUCUUGAGAACAUAAAUUUGUACCAUGUUGUAGUAUGCUUCUGUUUUUAUCCAGUAAUUACAGGGGAUUAUUAUCAUGGCUCAAUUUGUGGUUAUUAUAUGGUAUUAAUUAAUGUCCAGUUUAGUCAUA